GGAGAAAGUUCAGAGGUCACAAUUUUGUUGUCUUUGUGUAAAGGAGUGGAGCUCGAUCUCACAUCACUCUUCCCUCUUCCCCGAGUCCUUUCUAAACUCUCCCCCGGGUUUCUACCCUCCCGAACCUCUCCCCUUCUACCCUUACAACCCCAACCCUCCCCCCGAUCACCUAUCAGCGCACGAGUCAGAUCCAUCUCAGUGACCAAAGACCUCAGUUCUGUACUGACCUGCAGUUGCAGUCAUGGACUCCGGUGUGAUUGAAGGCGGGCUCAAUGUCACCCUUACCAUUAGGCUGCUCAUGCAUGGCAAGGAAGUUGGAAGCAUUAUCGGGAAGAAAGGUGAAUCUGUGAAGAAGAUGAGAGAAGAGAGCGGAGCUCGCAUCAACAUCUCAGAGGGCAAUUGUCCUGAGAGGAUCAUUACAUUGGCAGGUCCAACCACUGCCAUAUUUAAAGCAUUCUCCAUGAUCAUUGAAAAGUUGGAAGAGGAUAUCAGCAGCUCGAUGACAAACAGCACAGCUACCAGCAAGCCCCCGGUCACCCUACGCAUUGUGGUGCCUGCCAGCCAGUGUGGCUCGCUUAUUGGAAAAGGUGGAUGCAAGAUCAAGGAAAUUCGAGAGUCAACCGGUGCUCAGGUACAAGUGGCUGGAGACAUGCUCCCCAACUCCACGGAGCGUGCCAUCACCAUUGCUGGCACUCCCCAGUCGAUAAUUGAGUGCGUCAAGCAGAUCUGUGUGGUCAUGCUUGAGUCUCCCCCUAAGGGGGUCACUAUCCCCUACAGACCCAAGCCUUCAGGAUCACCCGUCAUCUUUGCAGGCGGACAGGCAUAUGCCGUACAAGGACAGCACGCAAUUCCACAGCCAGAUUCUUCCUCUGCUGCUAUCUCUCCACAGCUCACCAAGCUUCACCAGCUGGCUAUGCAGCAGAGCCCGUUCCCCAUUGCACCAAGCAACCAGGGAUUCACUGGGAUGGAUGCUUCUGCUCAAACCAGUUCCCAUGAGAUGACCAUUCCAAAUGAUCUUAUUGGGUGCAUCAUUGGCCGCCAGGGAGCCAAGAUCAACGAGAUCAGGCAAAUGUCAGGUGCCCAGAUCAAGAUUGCAAAUCCAGUGGAUGGAUCGACUGACCGCCAGGUUACCAUCACAGGCUCGCCUGCCAGCAUUAGUCUGGCAGAGUACCUCAUCAACGCCAGGCUUUCCUCUGAGGCCACUGGACUGGCAGCCAACUGAUAAGACACUGCAUCUGCACUAAAUCUCACUUUUAUAUCAUCGGCUAUGAUUAAGCAGUCAAUGCAACUAUCCAAGUUAAGAGUUUAUAUAUUAUACUGCCUCUUCCUCAUUUAAAAAAAACAAAAGCAAAAAAAAUUAUGUCAUCCGCCACUGAUUUGAUCCGCUGAGUUCAUUAUUUAUUUUCUUUGUUUUGGUUUUAGUCAUACAAAGCAAAUGAUUAGGUUUUAAAUUCCCUUUUUGGAGUCCAGUCAGAGGUUUUAAUGAUUUGUUGUUUAGGCAUUUUUCUUUUCUUGAUGGAUAUCUCGCUCUUUCCAUUUCUUUCUUUGCCAUCACAGAGACAUGAGUUGGAAAAACUCUGAAUAGACAUAGAUUUAGUUCUGUACAGUCAGCUUUUUUUUUCUUUAAAAAGGAAAAGACAAAAAAGGAAAAAUAAAAAAGUAUCAAAAAUAAGAAUAGAGUGACUGUUUUAUUCUGUGUUUAUAUACGCCCCACUCCUUUUUUUUUUUUCUCCUCCCCUCUCUGAGAUCCACCUGUCAGUUUGUCCAUUUAAUACCUGUACUUACUUGCUUUAAAUAUACACAGCAUUCUCCCCCUUUGUCACCUUUUCAAUUGAAGUGCUUGUAACAUGGAUUGCACUUGUGUCACUGACGAGAACACGUAGCUGUACAUGCACCGUCACAAAUUAUAUUUGGUUAUUUAGUAAAUGUUCUAACACUCAGAUGAAUUUAUCCAGAUAAUUUAAAGUGUGUAUGACUACGCAUGUCACGUUUCUUCCCUUUACAUGUCAUUCCUAAACCUUCCCGCUCCUGUCCUGAGAUCAUGUGUUGAUAUUUUGCUGGGAUGGGAGGUUUUGUUUUGUUUUUUUGGGGAUUUGGGGUCGGCUUUAGGGAUUGGAAGCAGAGGGUUCUCCUCGCUUUUUUUGUAAAGACUGAUUAUAUACUAAAAGUUGAAAUAUUUGUUUUAAAUGGAGGAAAUAUUUUUUUUUUUAACUACCAAAGUAGGGUGGUGGGAGGGGGGGGGAUGAACUCCUGGACACUGAUCUGUUAAAUGUAAUGAGGCUAAGAAGUGAAAUCACUGAUGCUCUGGAAGUAGAAAGGGUUGUGAGUUAACACUAGUUUCCUGCUCUUUGCUCUGCUCAAGAAUUUAUUUUUUAUUUGCAGGAAAGGAAAAACUUUUGUGCACGUUUAUUUUUUUUUCCUUUGAGACUGUAGACCUGGGUGCCACGUUGUUUAAAAAGAAUACAGAAAUAAAGAUGUGAAAUGCUUAAACCACAAA